GUAUGAUCACUGGAAAUGAAAGUGGCAUCAUUGCUCACUUCUCAGUCCAGAGCAACCCCCCUCUAUUUCUAGUCCUUGACCGACUGGGACCACGUGCUUUAACAUCUCACCUGAGAACAUUUGCAGAUUACCUUGUGUAUGAGAUUGCUUCUACUCCCGUCAAUCAGACUUCAUCAAAGUGUAUUGAUGCUUUGACUGACAUGAUAUGGAAGUACAACAUCAUCACCAUUGACAGACUGGUGCUGUGUCUUGCCUUGAGGUGCCGGGAGGGCAAAGAGGCCCACGUUCAGUUUGCUGUGAUUCAGUUUCUGUUGACAGCAAAAAUGGACUUUAAAUCUCGCAUUCAUGAUUUUAUCAGAGAAAAUACUUCUGAACACUGGGCACAGUCAAACUGGCAUGAUGUUCAUAUGGCAUUCCAUAAGAAAUAUCCUGAGAAGUUCUACUAUGAAGGCACUCAGGACUUAAACAAUCCCAUUCAACACCAGUACCUGCCUGUGUAUUUUGGAAAUGUUUGUCUUAGGUUCCUUCCAGUUUUUGACCUGACAAUUCAUCGACUUUUGGAAGUUGCAAACAUGCAGAAGUCUCUGGAGAUUAUAUUGGAUCAGAUUGGAGGGUUGUACAAGUUUCAUGAUCAUCCAAUCACAUAUCUGUACAACACACUCUUUUACUACGAGAAGAGGCUGGCAGACAAGCCAAACAUCAAACGUAAACUUGUCAGUGCUAUUAUUGGUGCUUUUAAUGACAUUCGACCAGAGAACUGGUGUUUGUCUGAUGACUACUUGCAGUACCUGAGGAGACCACAAGAAGAGUCUGUCUGGGCGCCUGAACCUGAAUAUUACAUUAAGCUCAUUGCUAGGCUUCGAAACACCAUCCUGGGAGAACUGCCUCCCCCCUACCCAUCAGCAGACUGGCGGUUUAAUGAGUUCCCUAAUGCUGCAGCCCACACCCUACACUCAAUCUGUGUAGAACUGAUGGCCCUGCCUGUGUCUGCUCAAACUGUGGGUGAAGCUCUGAUUGAUGUUUCACUCAAGCCGUCAUCUUCGCUGCCCCCACAGAAGGACAUGAUGUCAUGGUACAAUGCUGUAGGGCUGAUUCUCACAGCUCUGCCUGAAUCCUACUGGACUGUACUUAAUGACUGGAUUCUAAAAGCCAUCACAUCACCAAUGCUGGAAGCACCUGCUCCCCACCAUAACCCUUUUAAAGCAUUGAAUGUCAGCCUGUCACAUCUGCAGCAUGCUGAGCACCAGUGUUCCACGGUGCUGGAGCUGUGUCAUGGUGUCUGGCAUCAUGCAGGCAUUGGACAGCUGUCACAUUUGCCUCAAUUUGUGAAAGAAAAACUGAAACCAAAAAUUAAACAUGAAAACCAGUUCAUUUUCCUGUGCCAUCUGGUAGGUCCUUUCCUGCAGCGCUUUCACAUGGAAAGGACACGGUGUCUUCUUGAGCUUACUGUGGAGCUGUAUGAGAUUCUGCUGAAUGUGGACAAAGCCAGUGAACACUUGUUUCACAUGGAUGCCAUAUGUGACUAUUUAUAUCAUAUCAAGUACAUGUUUGUUGGUGAUGGUGUCAAGAGUGAUGCUGAGAAAGUCAUCUGCAAGCUUCGUCCUGCUCUUAAGCUUCGACUUCGCUUUAUGUCUCACCUGAACAUUGAUGAAACUUCGGUGGUUACCUCCACUCCAAAUACACCAUCCUCAAAAAUGUUGUAA